AUGAUACUCCUGCUCGCCUGUCUCAGCCUCUUCAUCGGUCCCGGUCAACUGGGCACCCUGCACGAUGGACACUCCGUCGGCGUUACCACGGUUCUCGGACUCGGCAUGCUGCCAUUUGGACUCGCGGCCGGACCCAGGUACGUUCCCAAAUGGAAGAAGCAAGCCUGCGAGAUACCAGCCUCUCAGCAUCCAAACUCGCACUACGUCUGCGACGAGGCCGGCGAAGUAAAGUGCUUGCCAGGAUGGACCGGCGAUUUGUGCGACGUGCCAAUCUGUCGGAAGGGGUGCGACCCUCUUCAGGGUUACUGCCGUCGACCAGGUGAAUGUCGUUGCAAAUUGGGCUUUUAUGGCGAGCUCUGCGACAAGUGUGUAGCACUACCUGGAUGUCAGCAUGGCAGCUGUAACGUGAGUUUCGAAUGCUCCUGCGACCCUGGAUGGAAAGGCAUGUUCUGCUCGGAACCGAUUUGCGCCUCUGAUUGUCUGUCUAGUCAGGGGUACUGCGAGAAGCCCGGGGAAUGCAGGUGUCGAUUAGGCUGGCAGGGAUCAAAAUGCAAGCAAUGCGCCGUUCUACCAGGCUGCGUGCACGGGACGUGUCAGGGCCCACUCGAGUGUCGCUGCGAACCAGGCUGGACCGGACUUCUUUGUCAAACGCCGAUUUGCUCGCAAGGUUGUAGCCGAGAACACGGCGCUUGUCGACGCCCGGGAACAUGUAGGUGUCGCGUAGGCUGGACAGGUCCCAACUGCACCGAAUGCGUCCCUUAUCCCGGCUGUGUCCACGGGUCCUGCAAACGACCAUGGGAGUGCCGAUGCGAGCCCGGAUGGGCGGGUGAUCUAUGCAACGAGAAGCUGACUUAUUGCGACGAGCAUCCAGGAAUUUGUCGCAACAAUGCCACUUGCAUCAGCAUGACCAAAGAGGAUGGCAAUUACAGAUGCAUCUGUCCUCUCGGCUAUAUGGGUCGUCAGUGUCAGAUUAAAACGAUGGUGCCAUCGACCGAGUUGAUACCGCCGAUGCCGGAUCAGACCGAUCUGGACGCGAAACCGCAGAUGAUUUCGACGAAGCCAGGCACGAACGAUACGCCGCAAAUGUUAAACGAGGACAAAAAUAACGUUAAGGACGAGGAACAGACGGUAGAACCACUCGGGCCAAUUGUUAUCACGGAUCCACCUUCAACUAUCGAUCCCGCAGCUACCGUAGGAAAAUGGCCAACGGAGCCACCCACCGAGCCACCGAUCACGGAAAGGGACGACGAAAAUGAAACGUAA